AUUCAGGGCUUCCACCUCUCUCCCUCUCUCUCUACUCUGUCAGACUCAGACUCGGAGAGAACAGCACUCCGAUGGACGACAUAACGAGCUACUACGCGCCACCUCCGCAACCGCAACCACCGUCGCAGCCUUCUGGUCUUGAGGCGCCUCACUAUCCCUAUUACCAGGUGCCUCCUCCUCCUUCUUCAGCACCGUCGUCUCAGCAUUACCUUGCUCAACACCCGCCAACCUUCGCUUCCUAUGGCUUACCUUUUUUACCUCACGCAGCCUCCAUUAAUGAGGUCCGAACCCUAUUCAUAGCUGGCCUUCCUGAAGAUGUCAAGCCCCGAGAAAUUUACAAUCUCUUCCGGGAGUUUCCGGGCUACGAGUCCUCUCAUCUUCGGAGCCCCACGCAGACGACCCAGCCAUUUGCAUUUGCUGUAUUCUCGGACCAGCAGUCUGCCGUAGGUGCAAUGCAUGCUGUAAAUGGGAUGGUGUUUGAUCUUGAGAAGCAGUCAGUACUAUAUGUUGAUUUAGCUAAAUCCAAUUCAAGAUCAAAACGGAUGAGGACAGAGGAUGAAAGAUAUGGAUCGGACAAGAAAGCUAAAGUAUCUAUCUUUUCAAGGAGAACUCCUGAUCCUGCAGGUCUUGGCAGCACUCACAUGUCUGGAAUGGGUAAUUCUGCUUACAACACGAUUGGUUAUCCAUCUGCACAAAGCCAUGGAAGCUUUGAUAACAAAACUGUAAAUGAUACAGUGGCUGCAAAUGUGACUCCUCAAAAUCCCCCAUGUCCAACACUUUUUGUGGCAAAUCUAGGGCCAAGUUGCACAGAGCAAGAACUUAUUCAAAUUUUUUCUAGAUGCCCGGGGUUUUUAAAACUAAAGAUGCAGAGCACGUAUGGGGCCCCAGUUGCUUUUGUUGAUUUUCAGGAUACCGCCUGUUCAACUGGAGCACUGAACCAUCUGCAAGGCUCAAUUCUGUACUCAUCACCUCCUGGGGAGGGCAUGCGAUUGGAGUACGCAAAAUCACGAAUGGGUAUGCGAAAGAAAUUGAAAUGAAUAAUACAAGCAACGAGAACAGGAGCCAAAAAGGAAGAGUCAAGUAAAGAGAAACCCUCGGGCGAUGUUCCCACAUGAAUCUAUGAAGGCCAGAGGAGUUUCAUUACUUGGUACUGUUGUGCAGGUGAGUAAAUUUGCCACAUAUGCGAUGCCCAUUUUUUGAUUGUAUGUAUCAAAUUCCAUGCUCAUUGGAUAACGCUGAUAAAGCUGUUCCAAUAUGUAUUGUAAUAUUAUGGUAUGUCCACCGAAUGGCUAGUUGCCAAGUAAAAUUUUUGUGGUAAAUUUAGUGAAUUAUAUUCAAUCGUGGAGUUUUAAUAUCAUCAAAUCCUUAAUUGGAUUGGCACUAGUUUA